UGUCCCCUGGCGGUGGCCGCAGCGUGUCCCUGUCGCAGCCUGGAGCAGAUGGUGGCCGCCAGCCCCGGGAAGACGCCCAUCAGCCUGCUGCAGGAGUAUGGCACGCGCCUAGGCCGCACCCCGGGCUACGACCUGCUCAAGGCCGAGGGCCAGGCCCACCAGCCCAACUUCACCUUCCGCGUCACCCUCGGGGACAUCAGCUGCACCGGGCAGGGGCCCAGCAAGAAGGCGGCGAAGCACAAGGCGGCCGAGGUGGCCCUGAGGCUGCUCAGAGGGGGGGGGGCCAUGCUGGAGCCCCUGGAGCACAGGUGGGGCUGGGGGGUACCCGGGGGGGGGCACCCCAGGGGCCGUGGGUGCCCCCUGACCCCUGUGCCCCACAGGGGCCCCCCCCUGGAGAUGAAGACGCCGGUGUCCCCCCCCCAGGCCGAGUGUAACCCCGUGGGGGCUCUGCAGGAGCUGGUGGUGCAGAAGGGCUGGCGCCUGCCCGAGUACACGGUGACGCAGGAGUCGGGGCCGGCGCACCGCAAGGAGUUCACCAUGACGUGCCGCGUGGAGAGAUUCGUGGAGAUCGGCAGCGGCACCUCCAAGAAGCUGGCCAAGCGCAACGCGGCCGCCAAGAUGCUGGUGAGGAUCCACAACGUGCCCAUGGAGCCGCGCGACGGCAGCGAGGCCGAGGGCGAGGAGGACCAGUUCAACAUGACGUGCCCCCGGCUGGAGGGGCUGCGGGGCCGCGCCCCCGGCUGCACCUGGGACUCGCUGCGCAACUCGGCGGGCGAGAAGCUGGGCCAGCUGCGGAGCCGGGGGGGCAACCCCGCGCCGGGGGGGGCCUGCGCCCUCCUGCAGGAGCUCUCGGAGGAGCAGAGCUUCGCCAUCAGCUACCUCGACAUCGACGCGCUGAGCCUCAGCGGGCUGCACCAGUGCCUGGUGGAGCUGUCCACGCAGCCGACCACGGUGUGCCACGGCACCGCCCCGUCCCGCGACGGCGCCCGCGCCCAGGCCGCCCGCAACGCGCUGCAGUACCUGCGCAUCAUGGCCGGGGGCAAGUGAGCCCUGCCCGGGGCAAGUGAGCCCUGCCCGGGGCAAGCAAACCCUGCCCGGGGCUAGCCAGCCCUGCCCGGGGCUAGCCAGCCCCGCCGGGCACGGGCACUGCCCCCCGCCCCCCGGGCAGCGCUCGGAGCUCCGGACAUGGCCCCCACCCGCGCCCCUGCGCCGCCCCCGCUGCAGGUGGACAGACAGACGGACCUCAGGGCCCGGGACCCCCCUCUGGCCUGGCCCCCCGAUCCGGAGGGUCCCCGGUGCCAUCGGCCCCCCAGAAUA